AUUGUGCGCAGCCUCGCCGUCUCCCAUUUCUCAUUCCUCACGCGAGAUUGGCAGAUUCGAACAAGUUCUUUUUUGGGAUCGGAAAUGGAAUCGGCAGCUAGGAGAAGCGGCGGCGGCGUAUGGGAAGGCUUGUACAGAGUGUUUAUGCGCCGGACGCCUGUCCUUGUUACGUUCGUCGUCGUCGGCGCCUUCGUUGGGGAACGGGUUGUGGAUCGCGGCGUUCAUGCCCUAUGGGAGCACGUCAAUGUUGGGAAGCGCUAUGAGGAUAUUCCAGUUUUGGGGCAGAGACAAUCUGAAGAAUGAAGCGAGCAUUUGCGCCUUCGUUGUCUACUCGUCUCGACAGAAGACACAUUUUGGUGUUUGUUGAAUAAUUGUUACGUUAGCUUCUUCUUUUUACUGUGAGUUUGAUGUUAUUUUUAACCCUUUAGACUGCAAAGAACAGAUGAAUGUUCUCUUGCAGCUUUUCUUUUUACCUUCACAGUGAACUGAUUUCAACACUUUCUGGACAUCAUUUUCUACUCCACCAGAUGAAAUGUUCUAUCCAGUCAGUCAAUAAUUACCCUUUGUAUGUUCUAAAUUUAGAUGAUGACGAGAAUGGAAGGGUAUGCUUUGGUUAA